AUGGUACGACCCGUUCAGAACCCAUCGGGUUCCCUCCCAGAUCCCGAACAAGCACGCUACCACCUCCCAUCGUCGAAUCCAUUACCAUUAUCAUCGGCACAGGAAAGUCAAGUGCGUGAUCAAUAUUAUGCGAAUGUUAGGGCUAUAUGCGCGGAGGAGAUUCGACGAUAUGCGGAAUGCGCCCGAGGAAGGACGUUUAGUAUGGUAUGGAAGUGUAGGGAACAACAAAGGAUUAUGAAUGGAUGUAUGGUGUUGAAUGCUACGCAGGAAGAGCAGGAUCGAGCGAGGGAGGAGUGGUUUAGGAAGAAGCUUGAGAAGGCGGAGAAGAUUAAGAGACGGAAAGAACAGGAGGAUGCUGCUGCUGCUACGGGCAAGGCGUGA